AUGAAGCUCAACAGCAGGAGGGGCACCGCCUUCCUCGACCCGGCGGGGCGGUCAUGGGACUGGAAGUUCAUCCCCAAGGACGCGCCCUUUGGCGGGCAGGACAAGUUCAGUCAUGGCUGGUGCGAGCUGGAUGAGAGAGUGGUUCAUCGGGCCGACCUGGUGCUGGUUAUGGGCGAGGACGAGAGGGAUUUGCUGAAGUGGUGCACGGCGGUUACCUUCGCGUUGCAGACCAAGCCUUGGUUGAGGGAGGUGGAUUUGUGGAAGAGCUUUGUUAAUGUGGAUCUGGAGUUUCCUGAGGGGCUGGAGCCCUUCUGGUUGGAAUGA